GCGCGCGCGAUCGAUCUUGCAGACAUCUCGGUCAUGAGCGGCGCUCAGCUGUUCAUGAAGGAGGACCUGAAGAUCACCGACACCCAGAUCGAGAUCCUGGCCGGCGUCAUCAGCAUCUACUCCCUCUUCGGCUCGCUGGCGGCGGGGCUGACGUCCGACUGGCUGGGGCGGCGGUACACCAUGGUGCUGGCGGCCGCCAUCUUCUUCACGGGCGCCCUCGUCAUGGGCCUCGCCCCCAACUACGCCUUCCUCAUGGCCGGCCGCUUCGUCGCCGGCAUCGGCGUCGGCUACGCGCUCAUGAUCGCGCCCGUGUACACCGCCGAGGUGGCGCCCACCUCCAGCCGCGGCUUCCUCACCACCUUCCCGGAGGUGUUCAACAACUUCGGCAUCCUCCUGGGCUACGUCUCCAACUUCGCCUUCGCGCGCCUCCCCGUCCACCAGAGCUGGCGCGCCAUGUUCCUCGUCGGCGCCGUGCCGCCCGUCUUCCUCGGCUUCGCCGUCCUCGCCAUGCCGGAGUCCCCCCGCUGGCUCGUCAUGCGCGGCCGCAUCGAGGACGCGCGCCGCGUCCUCCGGAGGACCUCCGACUCGCACGAGGAGGCCGAGGAGCGGCUCCUCGACAUCAAGAGGGUCGUCGGCAUCCCCGCGGACGCCACCGACGCCGACGACGUGGUCGCCAUCGUGCGCGCCAACGAGGCCGCGCGCGGGCAGGGGGUGUGGAGAGAGCUGCUCAUCAACCCGAGCCGCCCCGUGCGGCGCAUGCUCGUUGCUGGGCUCGGGCUCAUGUUCAUCCAGCAGGCCACGGGCGUCGACUGCGUCGUCAUGUACAGCCCGCGGGUGUUCGAGGCUGCCGGCAUCAAGUCCAAGACCAACUCGCUGGGGGCGUCCAUGGCGGUGGGCGCCUGCAAGACCUUCUUCAUACCCAUCGCCACGCUCCUCCUCGACCGCAUCGGGCGGAGGCCGCUGCUGCUGGCCAGCGGCGGCGGGAUGGCCAUCUUCCUCUUCACGCUCGCCACGUCUCUGCUCAUGCUGGACCGGCGGCCGGAGUCGGAGGCCAAGGCGCUGGGCGCCGUGAGCAUCGCCGCGAUGCUGUCGUUCGUGGCGUCGUUCGCGUCGGGGCUGGGCCCGGUGGCGUGGGUAUACUGCUCGGAGAUCUACCCGCUCCGGCUGCGCGCGCAGGCCGCCGCCAUCGGCACGGGGCUGAACAGGCUCAUGGGCGGGGCCACCACCAUGUCCUUCCUGUCGCUCACCCACACCAUCACCAUCGCCGGGGCGUUCUACCUCUACGCCUGCAUCGCCGCCGCGGGGUGGGUGUUCAUGUACUUCUUCCUGCCCGAGACGAUGGGCAAGAGCCUGGAGGACACCGGGAAGCUCUUCGGCAAGGACACGGACGACGACGUCGACGGCGUCGUGCGCCAUGAGCGCAAGAAAUCUACUGAGCUCAUCGGCGCUCCACAGUAACAGCGAGAGUAAGCUAUGCCGUACUACGUCAGUGACCGUACACUUGUCGUGCUUGUGUUGUGUGGUCGAAGGAAGCUAC